AUGUCGCAGAUCCUGUUCUGCAAGAGUAAGGUCUUUAUUCACCCCACCUCUAAUAGAAGCGACCAAUUACCGGGGUUUUUGUUGGUAAUAAAAGAAAGUCAACAUACUCAAACGCAGGAUGCAAAACUCUCAUGGAUACCAGAGAAUGAUUUGGAAUCCAGCUUUGUGAAAACAUUGUUGAAUGUGGAAUCGAAACUAUUAACUGCUCACUCGGUUAGAUCGCCUCAUGAUUUUACUGUUGAUUCAAUAUAUUCAUCGUGGUCUUUCACUAUCAGUAUUUCUGCGAUAUACUCAAUACAGUUCAAACCACCACAUCCAAAUGGGUAUUGGUUUGGAUCCUGCAUCAUUAAUUGUAAGAAUGGUAUGAAUGAAGAUAUCCCUGUCUUAUUCUUCCAUGACGACAUAUGUACAUCAACAAUCGCGAAAAGAAAGAAAAUGAGUAAAGAAUUCGAUCCAUUUUCCAAUGAAGGGGACAUUUAUUGGGGCGGUGAUGAUUUGAGAACUUGCUUACAAUCUUUGGUUGAUUUACAAAAAGUAGAUUCAUCACAAUGCAUAUAUCUCGUCAAUGCAUCUCUAGACGAUUUGCGCAAUUUUUCGUUGAACAAUUUCCAAAGACCUCAAUCCGGUUCAUCUUCCAAAGAUGAUGGUAAUAUAUGGGACAGCCUUGAAGCAACGAGAUGGUCAAUUAUGUCCAAAUUUGCGGACGCAACAACGACGGCAUCUAAUCUAUUCGGAAAACUAGUAAAGAAACAUCCAAUAGUUCAAAUGAUUGACAAGCACAGUGACAAUGUGUACGUUAAACAAUUGAUGAAAAAUCCAAGGGUCGUAGAAGUCCAAGAUGAAUUUGAUAGUGCCAAAAUAUAUCUAGCAAAAUGGGCAAUGGGUGUGAAACAAGAGGCUGAGCGUUAUCAAAAGGAACACUAUUUGGAUGACACGUAUAAGAGAAUUUUGAGAAAUGAAUUAGGAAUUUCAAACGAUGUGGAAAUAUCACCCGAGGAAUUGAAUAUAGCUGUACAGAGGUCAUUUCCCUUAACGAAGCAGAAAUGGGACUCUUUGUUUGACUCGCAAGGUAGGCUUUCUAUAACUGUGCAUGAGGUCAAAGAUUUUAUCUUCCAUGGCGGGGUCGAAAAUGACGCAUUGAGAAGCGAAGUGUGGCUAUUUCUUUUGGGAGUUUAUCCUUGGGACUCUUCUUUACAAGAGCGUAAAGAGCUAAAGCAGGCCAUGGAGGAGGAUUACAAUGCAAAUUACAAGUCGAAAUGGAUUUACAGAGAUGUGCUUGAUGAUUCAGAAGAAGAAGAAUAUUGGAAAGACCAAGUAUUCCGAAUUUCGAAAGAUGUGCUUAGAAAUGAUCGUGAUAUUCCUCUAUAUAGGCACAAUACUAAAGAUGGAAAGGAAGAUGGUGCUAAAAAUGAAGAAGCACCAAAUAAAGGAGACCAGGAAGAAGAGUGGGAAAUCAAAAACCCUCAUCUCCAAGCCUUGAAAAAUAUUCUCAUUAGCUACAAUAUCUACAAUCCAAAUCUUGGAUAUGUUCAGGGAAUGACCGAUUUACUCUCUCUGAUAUACUUUGUACUUCAAGAUGAGGCACUUUCCUUCUGGUGUUUUGUCAAUUUCAUGAAUAGGAUGGAAAGAAAUUUUUUGAGAGAUCAAUCUGGUAUCAGAGAUCAAAUGCUAACUCUUGUUGACCUUUGUCAGUUUAUGUUACCAAAGUUUGCGGAACAUUUGAAAAAGUGCGAAUCAGCUGAUCUAUUUUUCUGUUUCAGAAUGUUACUCGUAUGGUUCAAAAGAGAGUUUGAGUUUAGUGAUGUUUGUAAAAUAUGGGAAAUAUUUUGGACUGAUUAUUACAGUUCACAGUUCCAACUUUUCUUCAUGUUGGCAAUAUUACAAAAACACAGCGAUGUCGUCGUUUCUCAAUUAACAGAGUUUGACGACGUGUUAAAAUAUUUCAAUGAUUUGAGAAACAGCAUGGAUUGGUCUGAUAUCAUGAUAAGAAGCGAACUUCUUUUUAUAAAGUUUCAGAAAAUGAUUGAAGUUCUCGAAAGAGAGGAAGAACUAAUAAGCAAGAGGACUACAAGUACAGGGUAUAAUGGACAUGAAAUACCGCUCACGAGCGAAGCGGAAGAUCCCCCGUUACAUCAUCCAUCGCUUAUAAGUGAAAAUUUGAAAGAAUUAUUAUCAAAAGAACUUGUGAUACAAAAGGAAGGGCCCCGCAGCAAGGACUCAAUAAAAUAG